AUGAUAGAAAAAAUUGCAAGUUUGGUUCCUGUGGUGUAUGAACAUACCAAUGUAGAAUAUAAGGCUCUUAGACAAACCGUUCAACGUAAAGAUGGCCACCCAACAUUAUUUACCAUUAAGCUAUACCAUGGAGGUGAGUUCACCAAGUUUCUUGAUGUUCAGUACAUUGACAGAAGUGUGAACUAUGUUGUCAUGGUGGAUAUAGACAGGUUUUCGGUUCAUGAGAUGGAUGUUAUCGUGAAAGGGUUUAGGUACGGUGUUCCUCCUAUGAUUUACUAUCACUUCCUUGUGCCUGGUGGAGACUUCCACUUUGGUCUUAAACCCUUAGGCAAUGAUGAUGAUUUACGAACUUUUGCCUAA